UUGAGAGGAAUAAUGGCCGCCUUCGUAGUGAUGGCUGGAACUGGGAACAACACAAGAAGUAUAUCAGAGCGUUUUAGCUGACCAGGAACAUCAUAAAUUAUUAGGCACCCCCUUCUACUCGGUUUACAGAACGGAUGGGUAGAGGGGGUCUUGCCAAAGGACACAAGAAGCGAAAGAGACUUUGGUUGGGAGGGUAGAGGAGGAAAGCUAACGUUAGCUUAACGGCUAACGGUAGCUAGCUAUCAACACGGUUGUCACUGCCGGGGACGGAGGACCGAGCAACCGUGACAACUGUGGGCUCGGAGGCUUUCAGGAAUCGCCGGAGCGUAUGAUCAAAUAGCUAGCCAGCUGCUAAUAUGAGUGGACCUGGGCAGGAUAGCGAGCCAGAGGCGAAAGUCCUUCUCAUCAAGCGGCUUUACAGGGCUGUGGUGGAGUCUGUGCACAAGCUGGAUGUCAUCAUUGGCAGCAAAGCGUCCUACAGAGAGGUCUUCAAGCCGGAGAACAUCAGCCUUCGCAACAAGUUGAGGGAGCUGUGUGUGAAACUGAUGUUUCUCCAUCCCGUCGACUACGGUCGCAAGGCUGAGGAACUUCUCUGGAGGAAAGUUUACUAUGAGGUCAUCCAGGUUAUCAAGACAAACAAGAAGCACAUCCACAGCCGCAGCGCGCUGGAGUGCGCCUACCGAACACACCUGAUUGCUGGCGUGGGCUUCUACCAGCACCUGCUGCUCUACAUCCAGUCGCACUAUCAGCUGGAGCUGCAGGACUGCAUCGACUGGACGCACGUCACCGACCCGCUGAUCGGCCGAAAGAAACCAGUAACAGCCACCCCCAAGGAGAUGGAGUGGGCACAGAUGGCCUGUCAUCGCUGUCUGGUCUACCUUGGAGAUCUAGCCCGUUAUCAGAACGAGUUAGCCGGAGUGGAGGCUGAGCAGCUGGCAGAGAGGUUUUACCACCAGGCCUUGUCUGUCACGCCACACGUCGGAAUGCCUUUUAAUCAGCUGGGCACACUGGCAGGGAGCAAGUUCUACAAUGUUGAGGCGACCUACUACUACCUACGCUGCAUCCAAUCAGAGACACCCUUUGAGGGUGCCUACGGCAACCUGAAACGCCUCUUUGAUAAAGCUGCCAAGAUGUACCACCAAGUGAAGAAGCAGGAGAUGAAGAAGCUGUCUCCUUCUCGACAAAGAUCGAAAGACAUCAAGCGACUCCUGGUAAGCUUCAUGUACCUCCAGAGCCUGCUGCAGCCCAAGAACAGCCUGAUGGAGACGGAGUUGACAUCACUCUGCCAGUCGGUGCUGGAGGACUUUAACCUGGUGCUGUUCUACCUGCCGCCGCCGGCCCAUGGAGGUGCUCAUCACUCCCCGAGUGAGGAAGAGGAGGAGCAGCAGCACACUGACAGCAGCUGCCCUGUGCUACCCGACAGCCUGGUCUUCAAGAUGGUUGUCACCUGUUUGAUGGUGGUGCACAGCCUGAAGAGAGGAGGGUCGAAGCAGUAUAGUGCAUCUAUAGCCUUUACUCUGGCCCUGUUCUCCCAUCUGGUCAACCAUGUAAACAUCCGCCUGCAGGCAGAACUGGAGGAAGGGGAGAGCCAGGUGCCACCACUGCACACCGACAACACAGAUGACCUUGAGGUGAGGGAUCUGUCGGCCCCGCCAACUGACCGUUCUGACGAGAGACCACUGCAGAACGGCUCCCUGGAGCAGGAGGAUGAGGACGAUGAGGAGAAGGAUGAAGAUGGGUGCGGGAGGGUCGGGGCCAAGAAUAGCAAUAUGGCCGAGGAGCACAAGUUGGAAGAGGAGAAACAGAGGCAGAAGAAGAAGUACACCCGCCUGUCCCGACUCCGCCGGCGCCGCUGUGCCCGCAAGGAUGGCCGGCCAGAGGACGAGAGCGACUUGAGCGAGGGCUUUGAGAGUGAUGAAGAUGAGGAAGAUGACAUUGAUGAGGGGAGGGGUCGUGCUGACUCAACAGGUGGUGCUUCCUCUACAGGUGCCCCAGUCAACUCUUCCUCUCUCGGGAAGGAGAGCAAGAGGGACCCCCUGGGUGAGGAGGGCAGCUGGGAGAGUGGCUCGGAGGAAGAGGAAGAGGAGGGUGGCACAGCCUUUGAUGUAGAGACUGACUCAGAUAUGAACAGCCAGGAGUCGCGCUCUGACCUGGAAGACAUAGAGGAUACGGAAAACUCGGCCCGAGAGCACCAGGACGACGAGGAAGGUGAAGAUCAGCCCAAGGAAGACGGAGAUGACAGAGAUGGUGAUACCCCCCCGACCACCAACGGGCCGCUGCUGCCCUGCAGUGACCCCAACAUCAGCAGUAACCUGCAGGCCAUGUCCUCACAGCUCUUCCAGGCCAAGCGCUGCUUCCGCCUGGCGCCCACCUUCAGCAACAUGCUGCUACGGCCCCAAGGCUCAUCAUCCUCGGGUAACCCCACCCCCACUCCUACUGAUGCUUCUGCCACCACAUCCCAAGAGACACCCCCUCCGCCUGGGGACUCACCCUGCGACAUGAGCCCUGGUACCGCCAACGGAACCAAUGAAAAUGACUUGGACUCAGACUCAGAAGGCAGCCAACACAGCAAUCAGUCAGUACGCAGCGAAAAGACCCUCUCAGAGAGACUGGAGAUCCUGACCAAGCAGGGACUCAUCCAGGUGGUGAAGGUCUUUGUUGAUUGGCUAAGGACAAACACAGACAUUAUCCUCAUGUGCGCACAGAGUUCUCAAAGUCUGUGGAACCGGCUGUCCGUGCUGUUAAACCUGUUACCUGAUGGCAGUAAGAUGCUUGAAGCAGAUCUUGGUCUGAAUAUGGAGGUGACGGAGCUGCUGAAUGAGUGUGAACAGCCUGGCCUGGUCCAGAGUCUGCUGCUGCCUGAGGACCUGGCACUGCGUCAUCUGCCGGCACUCAACUUAGCACACCGCCGCCUCGACUUCACUCGCCACAGGCCCUCCCUCAGUCCCUUACAGGAGUGUGUGGUGCGAGUGUGUUGCAUCCGCAGUUUUGGCCACUUCCUUACCAAUCUCCAGGGCAACGUGCUGCACUUCAACCCGGAGGCGGGCAUCUUCACCAGCAUCAGCCAAUCGGAGCAGGAGAAUCUGGUGCAGCAGGCCAAGGCCCAGUUCCGCAUGGCUGAGGAGGAGGCUCGUCGAAACCGCUUGAUGAGGGAUAUGGCCCAGCUUCGACUGCAGUUGGAGGUGUCACAGCUAGAGGGCAGCCUUCAACAGCCCAAGGCCCAGUCAUCCAUGUCUCCCUACCUGGUUCCCGACACGGCCGCCCUCUGCCAGCAUCUGAACCUCAUCCGGCAGCUGGCUGGUAGUGGCUGUUUCAUCAUCAUCAUCCCACGUACAGUGAUUGAUGGGCUUGACAUGUUGAAGAAGGAAAAUGCUGGUGCGAGAGAUGGCAUCCGCUUCCUGGAGUCAGAGUUUCGCAAAGGCAACAGGUACAUACGCUGCCAGAAGGAGUCGGGGCGAAGUUUUGAAAGAGAUAAGCUGAAACGGCAGGACAUUGAAGCCUGGCAUCUAUAUAAGAUGGUGGACAGCUGUCGUCAGCUGACCGUCUCCCAGAGCAAUGGAGAUGAAGACACAGCCGGCAUGGUGACAAUUCUUACUGGCCACUUAGUGGAAGAGCUUUGUACUCGGUCAGCAGCAAUGAAGUCGGCCAUUCAGGCGGUGGGCGCAGCAGGGAUGGAGUUGAAGAACAUCGUGGAGUUUUACCGGCAGUGGAAGGAGAUCGGCUGAGACGUCCGAGGGGGCAGCUGUCGGCACUGCGAACAGCUGAUCGAUCACAACACUCGCUCCCUCUCUCUCUCUCCCACUCUUUUGCUCUGUGUGUAUCUGCGUCUCCAAGGCAAAAUCAACUGAAAAGAAAGGUGGAACAAAGGAAAGAGUAAAGGCUUAGAGGGAUGGAAAAGUUAAUACAGUGGAGGAAAAAAAGGUGAAGAGAAAUAAAGGCGAAACGGGGCUAUAAGACACAGCAGAUCUCCCACCUCCCACCCCCUAAUCCCAAACAUAAAGAGUGACCCCUAGUGGUCAGGGUGAGGAAAUGGUGGGGGACGCUACACAACUUUGAAGUGCCCCUGGUUCACACCCUAACCAGGCAUAUACUGUAUAUGUUAGCAAACGAGUACAUACGUGUCGAGAGAGAAACCGCACGCACACACACAUACACAUUCAUUCACGCUCAGAUGAAUCCAUAUAGAUAUAUAGAGCAGUGUUUUGGAUUUCCAUUACCUUGCCCCUUCCCCCCCCUUCCCUUUCCCUUCUGUCUGUAUUUGAGCGCAGGGCCCACAAUGGCUGGACUCUGGCAGGGCUGGGUUUGGUAAAGACAAGGAUGAAUGAAGAAAUCUCAGAGAGAGAGAGAGAAAACACACACUGUCCACUUGACACCUUGACAUGCCAAGCUUCCAGCCUCUCAACACAACCAGGGUCUCGUAGCUCAUAGGCUUCUGCAAGGGGUUUAGGACGACGGAUGUACACUUCUCCGGGAUUGGUUUCUUUCCUAUGUGGCAAAUUUUUUUUUAUUUUUAUUUUUUUUUUCUUCAUUUGCGGUGUACUUUUGUGACAUGUGACUAAUGUAUUGUUAUUUGUGUAAGAGGAGAUGAAAGGAAAAAAAGAAAAAAUAUGACAGGUCAUGUCCUGUUUUAAUUUGGAUUUUAUUUUUGUACCCAAAUUAUGUACUUUAUUUUGCUUUUUGUAAGCUGUUGCUGAAUGAAAUACGCAAGAAUGUUUAGGGGAAGGGAAGGGAAUAUUGUUGUGUGUUGUUCCACUAAACCAGUCCUUCAGUAAUUGGGAAGAAAAAAUAAUAAAUUGGACUUUAUUUGUCAAGUUGUCAUGUUAAUGAGGGAAAGGGCUGAUUACCAUCAGCUUCAUGUUGUGGCUAGUCACUCAGGAGAGAGGGGCCAGCAAACUUUCCCAGGUGAAGGCUGAAGUGGGUUGUGUUUGGACCCCUGUGAACUCCUAAAAUAUAUCCCACCUACCAUCACCAUCUCCAUAGUACCUGUACCAUCAUGCACAGUGCAAAGAAAAAAAACAGUAUAUGUGUGUGGCCACGCAUUGAAUAAAAAGAAACUCAACAUAA